AUUGAAAGGGGUGAGAGAAGAAAAGGGCGAAAAUAUUAGAAAAGAAAACAAAGGGGUCGAAAUAAGGAGAAGAAGUAAAAUCUAAGGGGCGAGAGGGGAAAAAUAAGGAGAAAAGGCAGAGCGAGCGAGUGAGGAAGCGGUUGGGUUGGUGGAGCCGCAACUCAACUGGAACAAGGACAAGACAUGAUGACUUGAGUAAUAAGUUGGCCGGAAUUGUACACGCACGCACGCCACCACAAGAGUUAAGGAAUGAGUUAAUUGAAAUCCGUGUAGGGUUGAAAUCAAUUUCGCAAAGGUGUAGGAUGAAUAAUAGCGUAAUGAAGGAUCUAUCCUUAUUCCGGCGAGGUGUUUCUGUUUCUGUUUAUGAGGGAGCUUGGGUGGCCACCGCUGUUUCGAUUCUCUUAAUCUUUCUCUUUCUCUUUCGUAUCUUCAAAUUUCGCUUCUUUGCUUCUCCUUCUCCCGACUCUGUUUCCCUUGCCCAAAUCCAAUCCAGGACACGUAGAGUUGUUUCUGAUGAUGAUCUGAAAUGGCUGAUCCAAAACUUGGAGGAAAGCAAUGAGGUUUGGGAACAUGUUAUCCACAAAACCAACGAUCGAGUUUCAUACUCUGCUAAACGCUGCAAGCCAACUGAUGGUGGUCCGAUGAAGUACCUAAGUGUGACUGUAUUUGAGGACUGCUCCGCUGAGAUGUUGAAGGACUUUUACAUGGACAAUGAUUUCAGGAAGCAAUGGGAUAAGACUGUCGUUGAUCAUCACCAACUUCAGGUUGACAGCUCUACCGGAAUUGAGAUUGGUCGCACUCUCAAAAAAUUCCCCUUGUUGACAUCAAGGGAGUACGUCCUUGCUUGGAAGCUGUGGCACGGCAAUAAUGACAGCUUCUACUGUUUCACUAAGGAAUGUGAUCACGAUAUGGUACCGCGACAGAGGAAGUAUGUCCGUGUCAGUCACUUUAGAUCUGGUUGGCGCAUCAGGAGAGUUCCUGGAAGAAAUGCUUGUGAGAUCAAAAUGUUCCACCAGGAAAAUGCGGGGUUGAAUGUUGAGAUGGCCAAGCUCGCUUUCUCUAAAGGCAUUUGGAGUUACGUUUCUAAGAUGGACAAUGCUUUUCGUAAUUACGUCGCAAUCAGUCAUACACCUCAAGGCUCCGUUUUGUCUGCUCUCACCUUAAUCGCAAAGGUUCCAUCAGAGUUAGAAAGCCAGACAGUGGAUGUCACAGCCUCCAUGGGUGGUGAAGAAAUAUUGACUCGAGUAGCAAAACAGAAGAAGUUAUUGAGAAAGCCAUCAAAGAAACUGAUAGCAAAAGGUCUGGUUCUUGUGGGCGGCGCUAUCUGUUUGUCACGUGGUCACUCAGCCUUAGGUGCUAAAGUAGCAUUGGCUUACCUCUUGACCAAGCUGAACAAACGUGCAACUCCUCUGAAGCAGACCACCCACAACACCAGUAUUUAAAGUAAGAAUCCCCCCUUGUCAUUGGGGGUUUACAUUACAGUUUUUUUUUGCUUUAUUAAUGACUCAAAACCACAUGAAUUCUGAUAGGUUUUGGUCUUACAAAGUGUUGUAUUUUUAGCUUGAAGAUAUGCAUUUUGUGUUCAUAUGGAUGUAAAAGUUUAUAUAUUAAACAGAUAAACAAGCUUAAGAAUAUUGGCUCAGACCAACCUAA